UGGAGGUGAGGGGAUGUGAAGGGCUCAGUUCAGAAGAUGAGACUCGCCUGGCUGCUGUUUGGGUGUCUGAUCUCAGUCUGCCUCUCCCACAAGGUGGCGCUGCAGGCUGGAGCAUCGCUGUCAGUGCGCUGUCAGUAUGAGCGGUUUGGGCAGCGGUGGGCCAAGGUGUGGUGCAGACAAAGCUCCCCGCAGCACUGCAGCAUCGUGGCUGCCACAGACCAGCCUGACCACGAAGGGAGGCAGCAGAUUCAGGACAACGUGACUCACGGCUUCAUCACCAUCACCAUGAGUGACCUGCAGAGCAGCGACUCAGGAGUCUACUACUGCGGGGUGCACUGCAAGGGGCGGGUCUACCUGCUGGGGGCGAUAGAGAUACAGGUGUCAAAAGCACCCAGGACCCAGCAACGUGUCUCUUAUCCACUGACCACCACCUCCAUGAGAAGGACCUCUAUCACCACCCUAUCCAUCCCCAGAGCCACCAAGCCUGAGGAGAACCUCAAUGCUCUGCAGGACAGGGAGAUGGACCUGAGCUAUUCUGUAUUGGCCACACUCCUCGCCUGUCUGCUGCUGGUUUCCCUGGCAGUCUUUAUUAAAGGGAGAAUUCGCUACAAGACUGAUCUGAUAAGACAUAAGAAAACACCUUUUGUCAUGGCCAGGUUUGCCCGUCGUAAAAAACAGGAAAAUGUGUACGGAGCAACGCCCCGUCGUGAUAAAGUCACCUUCUCCAGCGUUCAACCCAGAGGACAGCCAGAGAACCUGCAAUCUUCCCAGAGUCAGUCUUCCAACAUUCCCGGAGGACCUUUCAACAUGCCCAAAGUGAGAUACCGGGCACUUUGA